GCUCACAACGCGAAGGCAAACCACUUUUGUCAGAUACCAUACAUCAAACCCCUUUGCCAAAAAUAGGUUUCUGAUCUGGGUGACUUGUUUCUUCAGGCAAUUUGGAAACUCAGUUGUUCGUGCAGAUUACUUGACACUGCAAAAGUGCUUCAUCAUGGGACUCACCAAUGGACAUCGCAAAUUCAAUCAUUGGUUUUGUGAAGGAUUUUGGUCCUACAGUUCGAAAAUAUGUCAAGUAUCAGAUACAUCACAACAAUUAUGUGAGUGAUUUCCAAAAAAUGCAAAAGCAGCUGAAAGACCGACAAGAUGUUGUUGUUGCAAACUUGAAGACACAGCUGAAGCAGCCCGGAAAGAUUACAAAUAAAGAAGUUGAAACUUGGCUAGAGGAAGCACACCAAGAAAUUGUCGAAGUGAUGAUUGAAGAUCUGAUCUGCAAAGGGGGCUGUUUCACAUACAUUUGCUCAUCAAGAAAGCUCGAUAAAAAGACUAAAGCACUAAAUGAAGGGAUAUUUAAGCAAGGGGAGAAAUACACUAAUGCUGGUGUGGUUUUGGUUGUAGAUGAUCACUCAAUCCAAUAUUGUGCGAGUGUGUUUGAAGAUAAGCAAAAGGAGGUGAAGCACCAAAGGGAAAAAAUUGAGGCAAAUUUGAAGACUCAGCUUAUGCAACCUGGAAAGAUUGCCUGGAAGAAAGUUGAAGACUGGCAGGAGAAAGCAAGCCAACAAAUUGCCAUGAAGGUUGAAGAUCUAAUCAGCCAAGGGGAAUGUUCCUCAUCAACCAACAUUGAGGAAAAGAUUGAAGAACUGAAGCGAAUACUUGAGAAAGGAAAAGAAUUCACUAAUGAUGGUGUGAGUUUGGUCGUAGAUGAUCACUCAAUCCAGUAUUGUGUGAGUGCAUUUGAAGAGAAGCAAAAGCAGCUGAAGUACCGAAAGGAAAAAAUUGAGGCAAAUUUGAAGACUCAGCUUAGGCAACCUAGAAAGAUUGCCUCGAAGGAUGUUGAAGACUGGCUAGAGAAAGUAAGCCACCAAAUUACCAUGAAGAUUGAAGAUUUGAUCAGCCAAGGGGAAGGUUCCUCAUCAACCAACCUCGAGGAAAGGAUUGAAGAAUUGAAGCGAAUACUUCAGAAAGGAAAAGAAUUCACUAAAGCUGGUGUGAGUUUGGUAGUAGAUGGUCACCCAAAAAAAGGAGUUACACUGCUGGUAGAAAAAUGCAUUGCCCGGGAUAAUGUACAAGAAGAAAUUCUGCAACUGCUGAGGGAAGACAAGGUUACAAGAAUUUCAGUUUGUGGAAUGGGUGGUGUAGGCAAGACAACAAUCAUCAAGCAAGUCCACAACAAACUAUUGAAAGAACCCAAAUUUGCUAAAGUUGUUUGGGUUAAAUUAUCAAAGGACUUUGAUAUUGUUGUCCGGCAAAAAAAACAGUUUGAUAUUCUCAAGUUUCAGAAGUGCAUUGCAAGAAAAUUGGGAUUAGAUUUGAAGAAUGAGGAUCAAGAUGCAACGGAGCUGGCAGGACUGCUAUCAGAUACAUUGCAACAAGGAAGUUGUGUCUUAAUUCUGGAUGAUGUGUGGGAGCCUUUUUCUCUAGAAGAUGUUGGAAUCCCUGAUCUAGUUGGAAAUAAUGGUUGCAAGUUAGUGCUCACGACACGGUUACAACAAAAGGUUGCUCGUGCAAUGGAGUGUGAGGUGAUCCAAGUGAAGCCUCUUCUAGAUGAUGAAGCCUUAGCACUAUUCUUGUAUAAAGUUGGAAGUGCUGUGCUUUCCUAUCCUGGAUUCAAAAGUGAUAUUGAGCCAUUUUUGAAACAAAUUUUGAAGAAAUGUAAUGGUUUACCUCUUGCUAUUGGGGUAGUGGCAAAGACCAUGAGAGGAAAAUCCGAUCCUUACUCAUGGGAGAUUGCAGAUAAAGAAUUGAGCAAAUCUGAAGAAAUUGUUGAUCACUUGAAAUUCAGUUAUGAUCACUUAGAAGAACAAUACAAGAAGUGUUUCUUAUACAGUGCAUUGUAUCCUGAGGAUUAUGAAAUUCCAAAAGAGGAGUUGAUUGAGUUUUGGAUUGAGGAGGGAUUUAUAACAGAUGAAAGGGGGUCUCGGCACUUAAUGAUUUGUGAGGGCCAUGUUAUUUUUGAGAAGUUGAUAGACAAUUGCAUGUUGGAAUUGGUUAAAAAAAAAUACAAAGGAUAUUGGCUGAGUAUCCAUGAACUAAUUGAAAACAAAAACAAAGAAGAUCGGGUGAUUAUGCAUGAUCUUCUUCGAGAAAUGGCACUGAAUAUGAGUCCUCAAUUCAUGAUGAAAGCUGGUAUGGCCUUGGAAGAGCUACCGGAGGAGCAUGAAUGGAGAGAAGAUCUUUUGAAGGUUUCUUUAAUGAAUAAUAACAUAAGAGAAAUUCCUUCAAGCAUGUCGUAUCCCAAGUGUCCAAUGCUCACAACCUUGUUGUUGUCCAAUAACAAUAUUACAACAAUUCCAGAAGCCUUUUUUUAUCAUAUGCCUGGGCUGAAGAUCCUUGAUCUUUCCAGAAAUUACAAACUAGGUAGACUACCGAGUUCUAUUUCCAAAUUGGAGAAUCUUACUACACUACUGCUGGAGAAUUGUGUGUCCUUAAAAGAGGUACCAUCUUUAUCCAAUCUUAGAGGCUUAAAAAAGUUAAACAUUUCUGGGACAUCAAUUGAAGAACUACCCCAAAGCCUCAACAUGUUAACCAAUCUGAAAUAUCUUCGACUUGGUGGUAGAUUAUCUGAAAUACCUGGUAAAAUGCUACAAAAUCUCUCCAAACUUCAGUAUUUAGGAGUAGAUUUGAGUAUACCGUUGAAAUGGGAGGAGAUUGGAAGAUUGAGGAAGCUGGAAUCUCUUGAUGGCCGGUUCUCUACGGUGGAUGACAUGAGCUUCUUUAUCAAGUCUGAAAGUGAGUUUCCAAAUUGGUACAGAAUUUUUGUUGGAAGUUACAAUGAAAAUGAUGCAUACAAUUAUAACAAAACCUUUUCAAUUGCUCUGAAAAUAAUUGUAUGUUGUCAUAUUGAUAUAUGCAAGGAGCCUAAUUGGUUACCGCCUGAUGCACAAGGCUUCUAUAUCUUUGACUGCAAGGGUGUGAAAAGCUUGAACCACAUUUCUAGCCUUCAAGAUGCAACCGACUUGCGGUACUGCACUGUUGAUGAAUGUGAUGGCCUGGAGUUUGUUGUUUCCUCGAACUGCUUAAAGCCACUUCAAAACCUUGAGUCACUGUACCUUUAUAAUUUGAGUAACUUGAAUGCAAUGUUUGGGGAAGUAGGAGUAGUUGCUAAGUUAGCACCACUGCCCGUUGGCACUUUUUCUUCUCUUCAAAAAAUUAGAGUUUGGAGAUGUGGAAAGAUAAAGAAGUUAUUACCACUUAGGUUGUUGCAGUAUCUCCAUAAUCUACGGACUAUUAAGGUGAGAGAUUGUAAUCAAUUAGAGGAGAUAAUAUGGUCUGAAUAUGAAGGAGGAGAAGGAGCCCUAGAGAAACUCACUCUACCCAAGUUAGAAAGGUUGGCAUUGGUGGGUUUGCCUGCAUUGAAGAGCAUCUACAGCAGCUUCAGUACUGUUUUGAUCUGUGAUUCCAUCAAAGCAAUUGAAAUUAAAAGGUGCCGAGAAAUAGAGAGUGUUUUUGGGACUGGGUUCAACCCACUUCCAACCCUUGAGUAUCUGCUGCUAGGGAGUUUAGAGAAUCUGAAAUCAGUGUUUGAUGAAGAAGCCCUUGGUUUAGCAGCACCUCGCAACACCUUUUUCUCUCUUAAAGCAAUUGAUGUGUUUAGGUGCCAUGAAAUAAAGAAAGUAUUCUCAUCUGGAUGGCUGCUUGGCCACUUCCAGUCUCUAGAGGCUAUGCAAAUUUAUUCCUGUGACCAAAUGGAGGAGCUGAUAUCAUCAUCGACCUAUGAAGAAAAAGAAGCCCUUGAAAAAAUCCCUCUACCUAAGUUACAAAGGUUGGGAUUGAAGGAAUUGCCUGAAUUGAAGUGCAUCUGUAGCAGUUCCAAUAUGUUGAUUUGUGAUUCUAUCAAGAGUUUGGAAAUUGUGGACUGUGAGAAGCUAAAGAGGAUUCCUCUGUAUCUUUCUUCGCUUGACAUUGGCCAACCUUCUUCCCUCAAACAAAUUCAAGUAGACACAAAAGGACAUUGGGAAUCAUUGGAAUAAGACCAAUCCAAUGCAAAGGAUAGGCUAAGAAGCAAAGGAGUGCAGGCUCUUUGGUGAUUAGGCGGUGCAAAUCAAAGCUGGAGUUGGACUUUGUUACCACAAGAAAGCCGGCGGAAAUCAUAUUUGCUUGUACCUGUUGUUGUUGGGUUUUCAAUUUAAUAUACGUAGACUUGCUAUUUUUUUGUGUGUGUUGUGAUUUAAAUAUGGCAAAUUCUAAGGAAAUGUUUGUUUCUUUAUCUGUGUAAUUUUGUAUUUCAAUCCUCUGUGGAAGGAUCUGUCUUAUUUCCUGUGGUAUUUCUUUCUCUGCAUCUGCAUCUUUGCUUUUCUUGUAACAGGCAUUUUAGUUAAAAUUGUGAGAUGUUGCUAUAUGAAUUUGUUUUACACCAUACUAGUGGUGGUCAUAAUACAACUGUUGGAGUUGUGGUGUCAAAGCUGCAACAGUUGGCAGCAAAUGAAAUGAAGUGGGAGCUGCACAGACAAUAGAAGCAAAGUGACAGCCACAUGGACUUACACAAAAUGACAGCAAAUCUUUUGAAUGUAAUCUUGUUUUAAAUGUUUGAUAGAUUUUAUUGUAUUAGGCAGAAGUUAGUGUGUUAGGCUGAUGUUUGUGCCAUUGGUGCUGCGUUAGAAAAGCAUGCUGAUGAUGAUAAGCCACUGGAUCGCUACUAAUUUACACAAUCCAAAAUGGUUGCUCAAUUUUUUUUUUCCUUUUUUUUUUUUUUGUUUUAGACUUUAGGAAAAUUCCUAUGGCAUAGCUUUGUUUGAAUAUCUAGUCUUGUUAUUUGAUCUUCAGUCACUCUUAAGAGCAGAAUUUAAUUUU